AAGAGAGGAAGCUUUUGUAGUCGGCUCUCAGAAGCGCAGGAGGCGACGCUUGCGGGAGCUGCGACUCUGUUGCUCUACCUCGGCACCUCUCUCCAUGGCAGUUCCCGAGACCCGCCCCAACCACACUAUUUAUAUCAACAACCUCAACGAGAAGAUCAAGAAGGAUGAGCUGAAGAAGUCCCUCUACGCCAUCUUCUCCCAGUUUGGCCAGAUCCUGGAUAUCCUGGUAUCUCGAAGCUUGAAGAUGAGGGGCCAGGCCUUUGUCAUCUUCAAGGAGGUCAGCAGCGCCACCAAUGCCCUGCGCUCCAUGCAGGGUUUCCCCUUCUACGACAAGCCCAUGCGUAUUCAGUAUGCCAAGACUGACUCGGAUAUUAUUGCCAAGAUGAAGGGUACCUUCGUGGAGCGGGACCGCAAGCGGGAGAAGAGGAAGCCCAAAAGCCAGGAGACCCCAGCAGCCAAGAAGGCUGUGCAGGGUGGGGCCGCCGCCCCUGUGGUGGGGGCUGUCCAGGGCCCUGUCCCGGGUAUGCCCCCAAUGACUCAAGCCCCCCGCAUCAUGCAUCACAUGCCAGGCCAGCCUCCCUACAUGCCGCCUCCUGGCAUGAUCCCGCCUCCAGGCCUGGCACCUGGACAAAUCCCGCCAGGGGCCAUGCCCCCACAGCAGCUUAUGCCGGGGCAGAUGCCACCAGCCCAGCCUCUUUCAGAAAAUCCACCAAAUCACAUCUUAUUCCUCACCAACCUGCCUGAGGAGACCAAUGAGCUCAUGCUGUCCAUGCUUUUCAACCAGUUCCCUGGCUUCAAGGAGGUACGACUGGUCCCUGGGCGGCACGACAUUGCCUUUGUGGAGUUUGACAAUGAGGUACAGGCAGGGGCCGCUCGCGACGCACUGCAGGGCUUCAAGAUCACCCAGAACAAUGCCAUGAAGAUCUCUUUUGCCAAGAAGUAGCACCUUUUCCCCCCUGCCUGCCCCUGCCCCCUGCUCUGGGGCCACCCCUUCCCCCCUUGGCUCAGCCCCCUGAAGGUAAGUCCCCCUCAGGGGCCUUCUCAGAGCCGUGUGUGAGUGAGUGGUCGCCACACAGCAUUGUACCCAGAGUCUGUCCCCAGACAUUGCACCUGGCGCUGUUAGGCCGGAAUUAAAGUGGUUUUUUUGAGGUUUGGUUUUUCACAACCA